CCUAAGAAAGGAAGAAGUCAGUGUAAACUGUCUACGAGUUUGUGGAAUAAUAAACAUUAGCUCGUCCAGGCUGACAUUACCUGUCACUGCAGUGUGUUUGUUACCACUGGAUUGGGUGCUGCUUGGCUUUGGCAUCUGCCUGCUAAAUUCAAUCUCAGUUUUGUCAAAGCUCUUGGAUACAAAGUACUGCAUUGUUUAAUUGAAAGAAUUAUGUCCAGGCUGCCCUUCUCCUGGCCUGUAGGUUCAUUUGUGCUGCACACAGCGUAGCACCAAAAGGAACAUUUCAUACCCUUAAGUUUUCUUGCAUGCUGAGAACCUUUGAUUGUGAAGCACAAAAUAAAUGUGGAGGAAGCAUUCCAGAUUUUGGAACAUGAGUGUAAUGUGCUCAUAGUGAAGAGGAGAGUUCUCCAAGGCAGAUAUUCCAUGAUUGUUUCCCUUACAGUUCUCCUAAGAAGAUUUGAUUGUCUUAAAAAUGUGUUGGAAUAUGUAUCAGAAUCUGUUUUAAAAACCAAGACCAUCUGUUUUAAGACCAUUCCAGCAUCUCUUAAUUUAACUUACGGCCUGUCUUCUCCACUGAAACCAGUCCAUACUUAUACUGGGCUUGUCAAAGAAGAAGAAUUUUAAAUUUGUCUUUUGGACAUCUGAGUUUGCUCUGUAAUUUAUAAUGAUAGGCAUUUCAAUUCAGAGUGCUGAUACUUUCAUACUGCUGCUUUCAUGUGCAUUGUUAGCCUGUUUAUCAGAUUUUUGUAUAGCUUCCUAAUAUACCAAUGGAACUAAAUAGGAUUUUAUAGUAUGAUAACUUCCAGUCUUUUAUAUUUUGAUGGGAUCAGCUGUGUUUGCUUUCAAGCAUUGUACAUAUUGAUGAAGGUUAGUAUAUCAGCUUUAAUUUCAGUAACAGUAGUCUUUAAACUGUUUUGAUGGCAGACUAUUAACUUUUAUGUGAGCAUAACUUAUUUUGAGAUGUUUAAUUUUUUUAGCUUACUGGUUGAGUGUCUUUAUGUCUGGAUUUCAUGCUGCUAAACUCUGUACUUUGUAUUUAUUAUGAAAUACCAAACUCUAUAAAUUCAGUUCAGUGUGGUCAAUAUUUAUGGUGAAUCUGUGUGUUGGUUUUAGGCCUGUUCUCAGGCGUAGUGUCUUGUUUAUAUUUAGUCUGCUGGGUUCUCAUUUUGAUGUGCCCCUGAGGCUGUGAUUGCUGCUUCCCACCCUGAGAAGUCAGGGAGCACUUUAACCCCGUGUAGGAAAGAAGUGUUGCUCUUAAUUAUAAAAGUUAGGAGGAGCUGUGUGUGGGGAAGGAUUAUAUUUCUGACUCCUGGAACAUCAGGGAAAAGAAAGCCAUUCUGCCUCUCACUUUCCUUCACACACUUACUAAUUUGAGCUAGAUAGAUACAGCCAGUUCUAAUGCAGCAGGAUGGAUGUUCCUCUUUGAAUCGAGAUACAAAUGUUUGCACUUGUAAGUGUUCAAAGCUGCAAUCUGCCUGUGGUCUUGAGCUAAGAAAAAUAUUUCCAUGCAAGCAAAGGAACUACUGUUUGCAUGAUGGUUAAACUUGACAGUCUACUCAUGAUCUGGAUUUAGUGAGAAGACCAGAGUAGCAGGACUCCACUUGCUACCUUGUAUAGGGAUAAUUUAGUAAACAGCAGUUUUUGGAGGAGUGAUUGACUUGGACAGCUUGGAUCCUUUAAGUGUUUUUAAAAUGUUGGAUGUUUCUUCUGUGUUUUUGGUAAGCUUUAUGCAUUCUUCUAGUCUAACUAUAAAAUAACAAGGCAUCAGUAUGGACACCAUUAUUUGUGAUUCUCCAAUGUGUGUUGUAUCUAAGGAUUUUCCAGGUAUUUUGUAUGUAUUAUAGAAUAUGGCCAGGUCAACUGGAAAAGCUACUCCUUUUCAGAAAAGGAUAAAGUUUAGGACAACAGUGGUGGUCAAAGCUUGUAGAGACUGUAGAUGUUCCUGACCAGUUUCUCAAACUGACAAACUGUAGUUUAAUCUUAAAAAUGGAGCAGUACAUGUACAUAGGAUGUGAGAUUUCUAAAGUGCCUUUAUCUGAUACUGCUCAGAGGAUUAUGUCAGCUCUGCAGUCUAUUCCUGUAGAAGUUCAGACAAACAGAGAAAAUAACCAGAGUAUAGAGAAGACAAAGGAAAAUAAAGUAGGUGAUAAGGAUGCACAUCUGAGAAAUGAAAAGGAGGUUUGUGAUUCCAGAAUUGCCAUUUUAAAAGCAUCUGCCAGCCCUGAAAAAAGUAGUGCUGGUGAGAUAGUCAGGACAGUGCAUACCAAUGAAAUGCUUGGCUGUCAAGAUACCAAAAUAGUGAGCUGUUACCAGGAUUCAGACUUGCCAACAUGGGGAUAUCAAGAAAGAAAUCUUUCAGUAGAAGCAAAAAAGCUGAAGGAUGGGGAAAAGAAAAUAGCUGUUCCUCUUAAAAGAAAGCAAAAUGUGUCUACAUGUUGUUCUGAGAAAACAAGAAGAUUACAUGCAAAGACCUACACUUCUUCACAUGAAAGAAGAUACAACUGUAGCUCUGGACAAAGAGAGACUUCUGAAAAUUAUCCCUGUGAUAUUAGCACUUUGGGAUGUGAAGAAAAAAGAGAACUGCUUGCAACUAUAGACCAGGCAGUGGCUUUUGUAACUACUAUGAUAUUUCAAGAUGGUUCUUCACAGCUCAGCUCAGAACAGGUCUCAACUUCAUCAGUAAAAGGAGUUGUUGUGCUAGUGAAGAAUCAGACUGAUCACCCUUUCCCUCCCAGCCACUCUUCAACUGGCUGUACUUGGAAAGCUGCUGAGGAAAAUGAUAAAUUAAUUUAUUUAAGAACUGAACGAUCAUCUCUCUGGGAACAAGAACAGGCUCACAUGAAAUUUUCUUGGCAAGUGUUGUUUCAAAUGCUACAGUGCAAAAUUCCAAUAAUUUGCUUCAAUGCAAAAGAUUUCCUGAGGACUCUACUUCAAGUUUAUGGUAAUGAAAUCAGCUGGAAACAAGUUGCCGAUAGUGUUGUGUUGGAUCCAAGGAUUGCAGCGUGGCUCAUAAACCCCAGCGACACAGUUCCUUCCUUUGAAUCUUUAAUACAGAAGUAUUUUGAAAAGCCUUUCUCAAAGGGAGCAGAAAAUACAGAUACAGGCACUUUGAGAAAUGCAUCUUAUCAAAACUUAGGUGUGAACUUGGAGAAGCUUUAUAAUGUAAUGAUGGACCUUGCUUGUGACUUAAAGGCUCAAAGUUUGUGGAACUUAUUUUGCACAUUGGAGCUUCCACUUAUCAAAAUUCUGGCAGUGAUGGAAACACACAAAAUAUAUGUGAACAAACAAGAACUGAAAAAAACAUCUGAGAUUCUGGGGUUGCGGCUCAAGGAGCUUGAACAGGAAGCUCAUCAAGUUGCUGGAGAACAGUUCCUGUUGACCAGCAGUUAUCAACUCCGAGAGGUACUAUUUGAUAAGUUAAAGCUGCAUACCCUGUGUGAGAAACUUCACAGAACUGAAAUACAGCAACUUGUGUCCACCUCAGAAGCUGUGCUAAAUAAAUUGCAAGAUCUUCAUCCUUUGCCUAAGAUAAUUUUAGAGUACCGUCAGGUUCAUAAGAUGAAAUCAACUUAUGUGGAUGGAUUACGAACGUGCAUGAGAAAGGGAUUUAUUUCCUCUACGUGGAAUCAGACAGGAACUGUGACUGGCAGACUUUCAGCCAAACAUCCUAACAUUCAAGGUAUCUCUAAACAUCCAGUUAGAAUUACAAAGAAACAGUAUAUAAAAGGAAAAGAAGAGGACAUAGUAACUAUUUCCCCAAGAACGUUGUUUGUUUCAAAAAAAGGAUGUACAUUUUUAGCAGCAGAUUUUUCUCAUAUUGAGUUAAGGAUCCUUGCUGACUUGUCGUCUGAACCAGAACUUUUGAAACUGUUCCAAGAACCUGAAAUCACUGAUAUAUUUUCCACAUUGGCUUCUCAGUGGAAAGGUAUUCCAAGUGAAGAAGUGAAACAUGCUGAUAGAGAGCAAGCAAAGCGUAUAGUUUACUCAGUGGUUUAUGGAGCAGGUAAAGAACGUCUUGCUGACUGCUUGGGAAUUACUCCUCUUCAAGCCAGUCAAUUUAUAGAGAGUUUUAUGCAAAAAUACAAGAAAGUGCAUGAAUUUACGAAGAAAACCAUUGAGCAAUGCCGAAAUAAAGGUUAUGUGGUUUCCAUAAUGGGACGUAAAAGACCCCUGGCCAACAUCAAUGCCCAGGAUUACAAACUGCGCACUCAGGCAGAGAGGCAGGCUGUCAAUUUUGUUGUUCAAGGCUCUGCAGCUGAUCUUUGUAAAAUGGCCAUGGUGAAGAUUUUUACCUCUGUUGUCGUUUCUUCCACUUUAACAGCCAGGUUAAUUGCCCAGAUCCAUGAUGAAUUGUUGUUUGAAGUAGAAGAUUCUCAAAUCCAGGAAUUUUCAGGUUCCCUUGAAAGUGAUUCUCACCACUGGGAAAUCAUGGGGGUGUAUGACAGAAUUGCAGGAGAUGUAAAGCAGCCAUCAGGGAUGUUAUUCAGUACUCGAACACCUCAUUGGCCUGUGCUGAUUCCUCACUGAAUCACUAGGCAACAGCGCUGCUGGAUCUUUCAUAAGCACCUAAUACUCUGCAUGUGAAUUUUUUUACUUCAUUUUGUCUGUAGCCCUAGGCAACAGCAGUGAGAUAAAACUGGUUUUUACCAGUUCAUUGUGUUUCCUUUAGCCAAGGUAACCAGCGGGGAGCUGCUUUUGUUCAGAGCUAAAUUACUACAUGCAAGAAAUGAAACAAGACAAUAUUAACCCUUUGGGAACAUCACAAAUAUAUUUGAGUUAGAGGGAUGUUUAGACUUUAAUGUUAAAUAUUUUGUGAGGUGCUUGUGUAAAAAUACUUCUACACUGGCACUAUUUUAACUGUAUCAGCAAAUGCUUAACUGUUGUAUUCAGCUUAUUUUGUAUUUUGUGAGUAGAAUGCAGAUGCUUGGUGUUCAUCAACAUAUUAAAUGUCCUGUUCCCCAGAGUUAGAAAAAGAGUUCUUUGGAAAUGAACUUGAUUUUUAGCUAGAAUUUUGGAGCAAAACAAGUAAACAAAACUAGAAGCCUAAAUGCAAUAAAAAUAACCAGAUUGUUGUCAACUGAGUUAAUUUCAAACUCAAUUUGCACACUGUAAUCUCAGCAUACUUUAGAGGAAGUAUUACAGUUUUGUCUAAUUUAUUACUUUUAUUACUUAUGUAAUGCUAAAUAUUGUCUAGAUAAAUUUUAGGAUUUAGCCUUGUGCAUCUAAGGAUUUGGGCUUUUACUCUAAUGUUUGGAUUUUUUAUUGAUAAUUUGGUUUUUUAUAGAGUUUAUUCUUUAAAUGAGCUUGUUUCAUAACAUUACUGUUUUACAAAUUCUGUCUCCAUGCUUGUGGAAUAUGAAGCUGUCCUCAAAGUCUACUGCUAAUUAUUUAGAAGUCGAAGUCAAACACAAAACUUUUAAGAGGUGUUCAGUAUGUUUCACCAUUAGACAUCAAAUUAUCAAAGUAACACAAUUUAAAUUUGAGAAAUUUAUGCCUACAAAGACUUUUCAGUAUUUUUAAUUUGUACAAUUAAAUAAUUUUGCAUUCUACU